AUGGCGUCUGCGGAUCUAAGAGACGAGCUGGACUGUUCCAUCUGUCUGAUCACUUAUACAGAUCCUGUGACCCUUAGAUGUGGACACAACUUCUGCCGGGUCUGUAUUGAUCGUGUGCUGGAUACACAGGACCAGUCUGGACUUUAUUCCUGUCCCGAGUGCAGAGAAGAGUUUACGAAACGUCCUGUGUUGAAGAAGAACCAGAAUCUAUGCAACAUAGUGGAGAGAUUCUCGUCUACAGAGUCGACUACGAAGGACUUCGGGAUCUUCUGCACUUACUGUGUGGACUCUCCUGUCCCUGCUGUGAAGUCCUGUCUGCACUGUGAGGCUUCUCUGUGUGAUAAACAUCUGAGAACUCACAACAAGUCACCAGAACACGUCUUAUCUGAGCCCAGAACUUCUCUGGAGAACAGGAAAUGUUCUGUCCAUAAGAAGGUCCUGGAAUAUUACUGCACUGAGGACGCUGCUUGUAUCUGUGUGUCCUGCAGUCUGACGGGACAACACAAGGGACAUCAACUAGAGCUUCUGAAGGAGGCCUCCAUCAAGAAGAAGGAGCAGCUAAGAAAAGUCUCAGACAAUCUGUCCUCAAAGAGAGAGGAAAAUGUCUCGAGGAUUCAGGCCUUGCACAACCACAUGACCAACGUCCACGACAAAGCUCAGGUCCUGAGUCAGAGUAUCCCCAGCCUCCUCACGGACAUCAGAAGACAGGUGGACGAUCUGGAGAAGAGGGUCCUGAGUGAGAUCUGCAGGCAGGAGGAGCAGACGUCACUGUCAGUCUCUAAACUUGUCCGGCAGCUGGAGAUCGAGAAGGACCACUUGUCUAGGACAAUAUCUUCGAUUCAGCAGAUGUGUGCUACCAAGGAUCCGCUCCUAGUCUUAAAAGAUCAAGAGCUUCAGAGGUCUGAUAUACAUGAGACAGAUCCCUGUACGGGAGAUGAUGUCCAUGCCGUAGGUGAUCUGGAUAUAUUCCUCAUGUCUAUGAUGAUACAUGAAACCAUGGAAAGAAUAGUCCAAGAGAUAGAUUUCAGAGGCUUCAACAAGCCUGAAGUGCCCAACAUCUUACUAGACAUCGACACGUCUGGUAAUGACGUAGCGGUGUCUGAAGACCUCAAAACGGCCUCCUGGCCCGGAGUAAGCCAGAACCGUCUAGAUACCCCUGAAACUUUCCAGUCGUGUCAAGUCUUAAGCAAGACCUGCUUUUCCUCAGGUAAAUAUUUCUUCGAAGUGAACAGCAAUGACGGAGGAGACUGGUGUGUGGGAAUGAGUUAUUCCAGUAUAGAUAGGAAAGGGGAGCAGUGCAUCAUCGGGCAGAACAAUAAGUCAUGGGCACUGCGUCUAUGGAGCCAUCAAUAUUCAGUGAUACACGACUCGAAAGUCAUCCAGCUCCCGGCCCAGCCUUACUGCAAGAAACUAGGUCUGUAUCUGGAUUAUGGGGCCGGGCAGCUGUCCUUUUAUGAGCUGUGUGACCCCAUGAGACAUCUGCACACCUUCACCACCACCUUCACCGAGCCCCUUCAUGUUCUGUGUUGGGUACUGGGAAGCUCUUUACAAUUUGGAACUGAAAGCGAUGUCAACUAG